GCAGACAGUCGGGGACCGCUCCUGGUGUCGGCAUCACAUGGAGUCACACUGCGUAGAAUGACUGUCAAGAAACCAGUUCAGACGGGAGAGAUUUUGCUGACCUCCAGCACGCAGCCUGUGGACUUCGACUAUGUCUUUUCUCAUGGCUGUUUCAAAUGACUCUGCCAUCGUUCGUCCACCGGGCUUCUACAUCAUCGGGUUUGAGACGUUUCCCUACAUCAGUGUCUACAUCAUCUUUCUGGCGUUUGUCUACGUGGUUACACUGGUGUUCAAUGUUCUGCUGAUGUACAUCGUUGCUCUUGACCACAACUUACACACGCCAAAGUUUUUGGCUGUGGUCAACCUCGCAGUAAUCGAUUUGUUCUUGAGCACGAGCACAAUUCCGAGCAUGAUUAAGACGUUCCUCUUCAAGGACAACUUUGUUCCAUUCAACCUAUGCCUGUUACAAAUGUUCGUCCACUAUGUUUUUGUAUCUCUGGAGUCGAAUGCGCUCGCUGUACUCGCUUAUGACAGGUUGACGGCGAUAUGUUUCCCCCUGCAUCUGAACAUUUUAAACACGCGACGGGUCAUGUUUUGUGUUGUAGGCGCCACUUGGGUUUACAACGUGGCAUUGCUCGCCUAUAGCACGGCAAUCAUGACUCAACUGUCUUUCUGCAAAUCCCUCCGAGUGUUCAGCUACUUCUGUGACUAUGCGCCGGUGUUCAGACUCGCCUGUAAUGACUACUCACGGCAGUGGUCUAUGGCUUCAGCUUCAAUCGCCUGUCUGUUGGGCCCCUUAACUUUUAUUGUCUUAUCCUAUGUCAGCAUCAUUGCGACUGUGUUCAGAAUGAAAUCAAUCAGCAGUAGGAUUAAAACUCUCACCACCUGCGUUGAGCACCUCAUUCUCGUUGCUGUAUUUUAUAUUCCUUUAUUCAGCAUUUACUUAAUUGGGCUGUUUAUAGGAACCAUUGAUCCAGAUCAGCGUGUGCUGAGCCUGUCGCUGGCCUCUUGCCUCCCCCCCUGCAUCAAUCCUAUCAUCUAUUCCCUGAAAACAAAGGCGAUCAAAAGCAGAGCCCUGGCACUGGUCCGGAGGAUGAAAACAAACCCUUAACAACUUCCUUUUCCAUCCUAUAUCAAUGUGUGGAGGGUGCGAACACUUGUGAAACUCUCGAGACUGUGCGUUUGCGUGUGUGAGUGUGUGUCUGAGGUCAGUCUGACUCAUCAGACCAUAGUUCCAGACAUUUGCAAAGUUAAAUAAAGUCAAAAUCCAAAUCAAAUUGAACAAAUGUCUCAAUUCAUUUGUAACCAUAUAUCGCUGAAUUAGUUAAACACAGCUUUUACGUGGUUGA